CCCCUUGCAUGCAGUAACAUUUGCGGGUGUGUCUGGUGGCUUGGGACUGGUGAUUCUGACCUUGGGUACAAAUCCCCUUACUGCUGCCCUGGGAGCAUUUAACCUCGGCCUCUACACCAUGGUCUACACACCAAUGAAAAGGACCAGUACUGCCAAUACCUGGGUGGGGUCUGUGGUGGGGGCUAUCCCCCCUAUGAUGGGUUGGGCAGCUUGUACUGGAGGAUUAGAACCAGGUGCUUGGCUACUUGGAGCUAUCCUAUUUGCAUGGCAGUUUCCCCAUUUUAAUGCACUGAGUUGGAAUCUAAGGCCAGAUUAUUCCCGUGGUGGAUACAGGAUGAUGUCAGUGAUAAACCCUGGCCUGUGUAAGCGUGUUGCUUUGCGCUACUCCUUGGCAAUGAUAGGACUGUGCACCAUGGCACCUAUGAUAGGAGUGACCUCCUGGACGUUUGCUGUUGACUCACUGCCUUUUAACCUGUACAUGUCAUACCUCGCCCUACGGUUUUACCAGAAAGGAGACAGCAAGUCUUCACGCGCCCUCUUUCGGUUCACCUUGUUACACAUCCCGGCAAUUCUUGUAUUAAUGCUGCUCAGUAAGAUCACCAUGGAUAAGCCCAGUGGGGAGGGAGCUGGAGAAUCUAUAGGCGCUGGAGCUGUCGGAGAAACUACUAAUAGUGUAACAGUUACCACAGACAAUAUAACAACUCCAAAAACAGCAACUGUUGUUACAACAGUUACUGUUAACACAAACAAAACUAGAACAGUUGAGACUGAUAAAAAAAUUCCAGUAACAGAAACUGCAGCAAAAACAGUGGCAGGAACAGCCUGUGUUUAGCAUACUUAUAUAAAAGCUGACUGGCCACCUCUUGUGAUAUCAGGGUUGUAAUACCGUAAUGGUUCUUAGGGUCCUGUGUGCUACAAAUAAUGUUAAUUAGUGUAACACAGGUACCAGUAACUAUGGUAAUCCACACAUUGGUGACUAAUGAAAUAAACAAAAUGGUUACCAGAGAAAUACACAAAAAGGUUACCAGUGUAUCCACUUAAUGGUUAACAGUGAAAAACACAAAAAGGUUAUCAGUGCAAUAUACUGAAUGGUUACCAGUAAAAAACACAAAAUGGUUACCGGUGUAUACACUUAAUGGUUAACAGUGAAAAACACAAAAUGGUUACCUGUGAAAUACACUAAAUGGUUACCUGUGAAAUACACAAAUUAAUUACCAUUUUAAAAUAAACAUAUUGAUUACCUGUGAAAUACACAUGAUGAUUAAAAAUGAAAUACACAAAAUAGUUACCAGUGAAAUACACAAAAUAAUUACCAUUGUUAAAUACACACAAUGAUUACCGUUGUAAUACACAAAGUGGUUUUUGUAACACACAAAAUUAUUACCAUUAUAAUACACGAAAUUAUUACCAUUUUU